UCUGUGGUCACCAAGAAGUUCCCAGACCUGUCAACAUGGUGCACUUUACUGCGGAGGAGAAGGCCAUCAUCACUAACAUUUGGAGUAAAGUGAACGUUGAAGAGACCGGAGGCGAAGCCUUGGGAAGGCUCCUCGUCGUCUACCCCUGGACUCAGAGGUUCUUUGACAGUUUUGGAAACCUGUCGUCUCCUUGUGCCAUCAUGGGCAACCCCAGGGUCAAAGCCCAUGGCAAGAAGGUUCUCACCUCCUUUGGAGAAGCUGUUAAGAACAUGGACCACCUCAAAGAGGCCUUCGCCAAGCUGAGCGAGCUGCACUGUGACAAACUUCACGUGGACCCCGAGAACUUCAGGCUCUUGGGCAAUGUGCUGGUGAUAGUUCUGGCUAUGCACUUUGGCAAGGAAUUCACUCCUGAAGUGCAGGGUGCCUGGCAGAAGCUAGUGUCUGCUGUUGCCAUGGCUCUGGCCCACAAAUAUCACUGAACCCUCUUUGCAGUCGGCCAGCGCUUCUGGGCUUCCCCUGUAAUUCCCCUCUGCACAAGAGUCCCAGAAUGGGCCCUGAAAUCCCAGCUUCUGUUUAAUAAAGUCCAUUGUCUUCAGUAAUCAA